AUGUACUUUUCCAGGCUCGCGCUCGCAGGCCUAAUCAGCCUGGUUCUUGCCGCACCAGUCGACGAGAAGCCCAGCAAGAGACAGAUCUCUUUGCCUCCUUUGAUUCCAUUGAUCCCAGGAGUCACAGAACCGCUUACCGAAAACGCUCCGCCCUUACCUAUCCUUCAAAUCCCAACGCCACCUUUGCCAAGCCCACCAUGGGAGGGCAGCAACAUCAAGCCUAAGAAGAUAGGGUACUUCUGGACGGGUUCUGGUGACAACAAGCACGCCGACUUCUUGGCUUCAUACAGCUUGGACGACGAUACGUUUGGCACUCUUCUCAGAGUGGUGGACGUCCCUUCGUCAGGGAACAGCCCUCAUCAUCUAGGUAUUUCGAAGGAUGGGAAGACGCUGUGGGGAGGUGGUCUUCUAUCUUUGCUCAAGACUCAGGACACUGGCUACUACUUUGAUGUCUCGAACCCCUAUGAGCCGAAGUACACCAAGUCCGAUCGUGCUCUGUUGGCUUCGAUCGCGGAUGAGGUCGUCGCCAAACCUGACGGAGGGUUCUUCAUCACUUACAUGGGUUCGGCUGUUGGCACUGGGCCUGGCCGGCUGAUUGAGACUGAUGCCGAUUACAACAUUAUCCAUCAGUGGCCUGAGGAUGUCGACGGAACUCUAAACAUCCUCGGACAGCAAUUCUCUCCCCAUGGGCUGAGCAUCGACUUCGACCGCAACGUCGCCCUGACCUCAGACUUCGUCGUUCCUAUCAGUAUUUUGAAGCCUUCUCUAGGAAUCCAACGUGCCGAUACGCUUCGCCUGUGGGAUCUGGCCAACCGAAAGAUCACCAAUACGAUUACUAUUCCUGAGGGUGGCGGCAUCCAGGAUGUGAAGUUCAUCCCCGGUAACCCAGAUGCAGCGGCUAUUGCCACAGCCGUUCACCUCGGCCAAGUAUGGAUCAUAUAUCCAUUCCAAGAAGAUGAAAAUGGCAAGCCAGGACGUGCCGAGUUGCUGUACGAUCUCGGUCCAAAAGCGCGAGACACAACCGCCAUCUACUCAGACAUCACCAAAGAUGGUCGCUUCGCAUACUUCACCCUAACCACCUCAAACCACAUCGCCGCCCUCGACAUCUCCGACCUCAAAAACGUCAAGCGCCUCGAUGACCCCGACGAAGAGCAGCCCACUCUAGGUCCACACUAUCUCAAGCUGUCACCAGAUCAGAAGCAUCUCGUCGUCACUGACUACUUCGUUGAGACGGGCGACAUCGGCAUCCUCAACACGCCAGGAGAUUACAAGGCUCUUUACAUCGACAUCCUGGACAAUGGUGCUUUGAGUUUCAAUCGUUCUAUCGAUUUUCCCAGAGAGUUCUACAACCGUGGAGGAGCGAAGCCGCAUUCCACUGUGGUGUACGAUCUUACGGAUCCGGAGAACCCGAAGUACUACUAG